AUGGAAAAGCUUGCUAAAGCAACUUUCAUCUGGUACGAUCAAUUGAUCUCACUGUCUAGCACUUAUCAAGCAUUAAAAGAUGCACUUUCCAGAAGCUACUUGGAUCUUACAUGCAAGCAUGGAGCAUCUCACAACUGUACCAAUAUUGAUUGUCUUAUAGUGGAUAAUACUGAUAUUGAACUGAACUUAUCAAAAGAUAGUAUCGCUCAAAUGAAUGUCUUCAACGAUGAAGACGCGUGUAUUCAGUAUAUUCAAAAGCACGCAGGCGAUCGAAUAUUCUUUGUUGCACCGAACGCAGCAGCUUCUCGUUUAGUACCAAGAAUUAUCAGAGAUUGUCCGAAAGCGUUUCAGAAAGCUAACCACCAGUCUCCGGCUUCAAUUUAUAUACUUUGUUCGAAUUCUUUCGAGACGACAGAAUGGACAAGUGACUACGAAAAAUACAUACAAUUAUUUACGUAUGAAACUAGUCUUUUGAUUCAAUUUAUGCGCGAUGUUGGCACCUAUUUCUUCAAUCUUGGCGAAAGACAUUCUGUAUAUAACACAUCAGCAUCACUUUCUCAAUCGAUUGCGUUCCUCACAACAGCUAAACAUUUAUUUACUCAAUGUGACAAGCAUGAGCACGCGAAAGUAUAUAGCCAACAUGUGCAACGAAUAGACAGCCGAAUCGCUGAAAUCAAGCAUCAACUUCAACAGAUAACAGAAGACAAUAAUAAUGACGACAUAGAAUUCCGUCUUCCAUAUUUAGAAGAGGAGGAUUCUGGUACCGACAGUGCAGAAUAUAUAUCACCGCUUUCUUCUCCAAUUUUUGAUGACAUCGAGACUUGUUUUCCCACAUCAGACGAUGAGAACAUCGUACUAGCAGCCGUUAAUUCAACAACAACUUUGCCGUGCAAUGAAAUUAUAACGAAAAGUCAUGACAAUGCUUCAGACAUUCGUAUUGUUCUUAUAAUACCAUCGCAUGGCACGACGAACUCUGAAACUAUUACAUCAUUGCUGAAGAAUGUUUUCGACGACGAACACUUGGCGAUUGUAUCUCAGCAGGAAUAUUCUAAACAGUUGGACGAGGCACAAAUAUCUGGAAUCGUUUUCAUAACCUCUGAAGGAGAUGACUCAAUAUUAGAGCACAUAUGCUCGUUGAAUUCCAAGCAUACGAUCUAUGUUCUAGAAGGACAAGCCAAUGAUCCAAAGACGAGACAAGAGUUUUUGACCAAAUAUUCCCGUAUAUCAUUUAUGUCGGAUGAUCCCGAUCAACUGACCAUCAAUAUAAUUNGAUUGUUUUGGAAGAAUGUACUGUGA